AUGGAAGACGAUUCAGUGCAGAGCUCCAAUAAAUGGCUUGAAGAUCUAUCAAAUGGUUUAGGCCACCAACUGGAGGCCAUAGCUCUUGAAGGUCUCAAAAUAGUCAAGGCACAUAAGGGUUUUAUACUCUGUAAUUUUGUCGUUUCAAACCGAAUAUCAGAUGCUGUUGGGAAUUGGCAUGUUGGAGCCAUGGCAACGUUGAUUGAUGAUGUGGGUGCAGCUGCUAUUUACUCCUAUGGUGGCAUUAUCAAAGCAUCUGUUGAUUUCAACAUUUCCUUUCUAUCCACGGCUAAGAUACAGGAAGAAGUUGAAUUAGAGGCGAACGUUGUAGGGGACAAGGGAAGGAUAACAUCAGUGGUAAUAGAGGUUAGAAGGAAAAGUAACGGGGAACUUGUUGCUCUGGGCAAACAAUGGAUGGCCUCAAAUAAUAAUUCCAAUAGAGCCAGUAAGCUUUGA